GUCAGAGGAAGGCGAAAACUACUGCGCAAGUGUGUUACGUGUAACAAGGAAGUGGCCAUUAUCUCACUAUAUACACAGGAACGCUCGAAAGCAAGAUACGCAGGCGACGUGCGAUUGCUGUUUUAAGCUUCUUAGAUCUGAACAUUAAAUCAGUUGCUUGUUUAGGUGGUAACAUUUUAUCGUCAAUAUGUUUAAUCGAAUGACAAGCCUGUGGAUGGGUGACCUGGACCCAUAUAUGGACGAAAAUUUCAUCAAGCAAGCUUUCAGCACCAUGGGGGAGACGGCAUAUGGUGUUAAAAUUAUAAAUCAUCGGCUAUCAGGAGGAUCUGCUGGAUAUUGCUUUGUGGAGUUGGCAGACGAGGCCAGCGUUGAUCGUUGUGUUCAUAGACUGAAUGGGAAGCUGGUCCCGGGAUCAAAUCCACCGAGGAAGUUCAAGCUGAAUUAUGCAACGUAUGGGAAAAGGCCGGAGAGUGGGCCCGAGUUCUCUGUCUUUGUCGGAGAUCUUACUUCAGAAGUGGACGACUAUCAGCUCCAUCAGUUCUUCUUGAAAAAAUACCCUUCAUGCAAAGGGGCCAAAGUGGUCACAGAUCCAUAUGGGAACUCAAAAGGUUACGGCUUCGUGAAGUUUGGUGAUGAAAGUGAACAGAAGAAAGCCCUGGAAGAGUUUCAGAAUGCCUCAGGCCUAGGAGGAAAACCCAUCAGAAUUAGCAUCGCCAUAAACAAGAGCAACAAAACUAACAAUUACCACAACCAGAACCACAACUACAACAACUACCAACAGCAAUACUACCAGCAAUCCUACAACAACUACUACCCUCAGUGGGGUUAUGAUCAGUACAACAAUUACAACUAUGGCUAUAACCCCUACACUACACCACCUCCAGUUCCACAUGGGAUGAUGGGACCACCUCCACCUAUGGGUAUGCCUCCCAUGCCCUCUGACAUGCAGAUGUCCACAGAGCAGCCACAGGAAUCCACGGAGGAAGCAGAAGAGGAGAACGUAGAAGACCCAAACCCCCCCGUUGACGUGGAAGCACUGAAUAAGCAGUACAUGGAGAGGAGUGAGGAGCUGUAUGAUUCACUUAUGAGUUGCCACUGGCAGCCAUUGGAUAGCGUCACAUCUGAAAUACCAGCAGUGAAUGGCUCAUGAUUACCUUGUAUCAAACCCAGUCCCCUUAACAACACCCCCAUCCUCUCUGAAACAUGCCUUUUUAGUACAACCGUUAACAGCUUCUCAGAUAGUUGUUUUCAUUUUCUUUUUUAACCAGUCAAUUCUCUUGGAUUUGCAAAUUUGCUUGUUUAUAGACUUACCGAUGUUUAUACUGUCCUCUGCCUUCCUCAGGAGGCAGGAGCACACAUGUUGAUUUUUGUGGUACAAAUUAAAGCUUUAUUUUAAAAGGCAA